CGUGCCGACCAUGGACGCUUGACAACCUGCGGGCAGGCGCCGGGAGGCCGAACCAGCGACUUAGAAGCCAGGGAAGCGGCGUGGACAGAUAUCAAGAUCAGAGAAUGGCAGGUGAACAGAAACCCUCAAGUAAUCUCUUGGAACAGUUUAUUCUACUAGCCAAAGGCACCAGUGGCUCAGCCCUCACCGCUCUCAUAAGCCAAGUCCUGGAGGCUCCUGGAGUGUAUGUCUUUGGAGAACUGCUGGAGCUGACCAAUGUGCAGGAGCUGGCAGAAGGAGCCAAUGCUGCUUAUUUGCAGCUGCUGAACUUGUUUGCCUAUGGGACAUACCCCGACUACAUAGCCAACAAGGAGAGCCUGCCAGAACUGAGCAUCGCUCAGCAGAACAAGUUGAAGCACCUUACCAUCGUGAGCCUGGCCUCGAGGAUGAAGUGCAUCCCCUACUCCGUGCUCCUGAAGGACCUGGAGAUGCGGAAUCUGCGGGAGCUGGAGGAUCUCAUCAUCGAGGCUGUCUACACUGACAUCAUCCAGGGCAAGCUGGACCAGCGGAACCAGCUGCUGGAAGUGGACUUCUGCAUUGGCCGGGACAUCCGCAAGAAGGACAUCCACAAUAUCGUCAAGACCCUGCACGAAUGGUGUGAUGGCUGUGAGGCAGUUCUGUUGGGCAUCGAGCAGCAAGUUCUGAGAGCCAACCAACACAAAGAGAACCACAACCGAACACAGCAGCAGGUGGAGACUGAGGUCAGCAAUAUCAAGAAGACCCUCAAAGCCACCGCAUCCUCCUCAGCUCAGGAGAUGGAACAACAGCUGGCUGAACGGGAGUGCCCCCCUCAUGCUGAGCAGCGGCAACCCACCAAGAAGAUGUCCAAAGUGAAAGGUCUGGUCUCCAGCCGCCACUAG